AUGGGCCGCCCCCGCCGCCCCGCCCCCGCCACUGCUCACUCCGAAGUUUCCUGCGCUGUGCGCGGACGGGCUCCAGGGCUCGCUCGCUCCCUCUCCGGCUCGGCCGCGCCCCCGGCCCGUGCCCGCGGUCCGCGCCCGCCCCGCCCCGCCGUGCAUUUAGCGGUUUUCCGCAGCGGGACACCGUUGCUGCUGCUGGGCGAGCCAGAGCCAGAGCCUCCGCGAGAGCUGGUGCCGGGUGGGCCGGGGGCGCGGGCCGAGGCGGCGGUACUGGCCCAGCUCCGGCUCCGGGCUGGGUCCCCAGUGACAGCGCCGCCCGGGCAAUGCCCGCGGGGACGCCGCUGGCCACCGGAGCGAGGUGCUGCUCUCUGCCACCAUGACCGAGGGCACGCUGGCCGCCGACGAGGUCCGGGUGCCCCUGGGCGCUUCGCCGCCGGCCCCUGCAGCGCCGGUGAGGGCUUCCCCGGCGAGCCCUGGGGCGCCCGGGCGCGAGGAUCAGCGAGGAUCCGGGUCCGGCGUGUUGGCUCCCGAGAGCCCAGCGACCGAGUGUGGUGCGGACCUGGGCGCCGACGAGGAACAGCCCGUCCCAUACCCGGCACUGGCGGCCACGGUCUUCUUCUGCCUUGGGCAAACCACGCGGCCACGCAGCUGGUGCCUCCGACUGGUUUGUAACCCAUAUCCUUACAGGGUUGGCGAGGCGCUGGGGACUGGGGCGUGGGACUCGCCCUGCGUACGCCCUGCGAACCCCGGCUUUCUGGGAUCUGGCGCGGACUGGGAAGGGGUGCUAGGGCAGUGUUCUUCUCAGAGAUGGUAGUGGGGGUACGUACGCCUCGGAACUCGCCGGUGGGAUCUGGGUUCAGAGACAUCUUGGGACGGGAGAGUACGGGCAGAAGCGGCGAGGAUGCCUCCGAAAGGAAGGUAGUUAGUAACUCCUGGCAUCCUACGGGCAGGGGCGGGGGCAGGGGGGAAUCCCCGCCUGUUUAGCUUUCCAAACGAACACCUGAGCCUGUGUGAAGACCCUCGCUGGAGGCUGGAAGGGGAGAAAGUUUUCCACCUGCUCUCUGGGCGCUGUGUGCCAGGCAGGGCUGGUCCCCAGUUCUUCUCCGAGGAGAGGCAGUGACGUUGGUUGAGAACUCACUCUUCCAAGGCUGAAGUCCGUUCAGGGGCUGAUUUAAGUCAUGCGCGGCUGGGGGCUGGGGGGGGGGAGGGGACGGUGAGGCAGCUAGCUUUGAACCCGACCCUCUUUUUCACAGUUGCCUGGCUAGAGAGGAGGAAUUGCAUCUUUCUUUCUUUUUUUUUUUUUUUUAAUUGGCCCAAGGGCACAGACUUUCAGAGAAGCUUCCAGAACAGGGUUGGGUCAGUGCUGGAGGUAUUUCUGGGGUGCAAGAAGAGACUUCUGGCCCCCAGAAGGUGGCCUUUUGGGGACUGCCCUGGUGAGCUCUGAGGAGGAGCUGAAAUAUGCCGAGUAUUGCUCUCCCCGCACCCCCCCCCCCAGCAACUCAUCGGAGCUUCAGGGUAGGAUGGACUGUAGGUGCUCCUGCUUCCUUCCUGGGCUGGUUGGGUGGAGGGCCAAGGGGAGUUGACAUGGGUCCAUAAACACUCUUCGGCAGAGUCGGAGACAGGCAAAAUGAGCAAUGUGUGUAUAUGUUUCUCUACCUUGUGUGUUUAACUGUAUAAAUAUUAAAUACAAAAGAGAAAUCUGUACCAAAAAAAGUAAUAAAGCCCGUGUUUCUUUUCACUCCAAUCCAAACACUGGGUGAGUCAGAUUUUUCUCUGCUUAUAAAAGAGGAUGGUGGUCCCAGGGCUAUGGCUGUGGCCUACUCUGAGCCGUCCUGGGCUCCAGUGCCUGCCGUCUUUGUCCUCUGCAGUUGACUGUGGUGACUGCCGGUGGUGGGCAUCCUCUGGGUUGGCUGACCGUCUGUGCAGAAAAAGGGUGACCUUGUGUGUCAGCUGUCUGUCUGUCCCCUCUGCAGGAUCUAGACUGGAGGGGACUGGGCCCCUUGGCCUUGGUGGAGAGGUGAUGUGUGGCUGGGAGUGGCGGUAGAUCACUGGGCAGAGCUACUGUGGACCCUAGGGAGGGGACAGAGGCCAGCCCUGUGCUGAUGCUGGAGUUUGUUGUUCCCAAGGCUGUACCAACUGGAGUGGGCCUAGACUUACUCUGCCAGCCAGGAUCUGGCUGCACGGAGUCUGAGGCCGGCCCUGGUUCUCCGGGCUGCUGCGUCCCGGAGGACUUCUAACAAGGUUGUUUGUGUUGCUGUGUGCAGGGAAGGUGGGGAUGGGGUGACUUUGUGUUGCUGUGUGCAGGGGAAGGUGGGGAUGGGGUGGCUCACGUAGGCAGAGUGUGAGUCUUCAAGGGCUGUGGAGCUAACAUGCCACCCGGCCUGAGCCGACUUUGUGAACCCGAAGUGGAAGAUGCCCUUGGAGUCUUAAGAGAGACUCAGGUGUUAUGAGCCCUGGAAGAGAAGGCAGGAAGAUGAGGAGAGCUCUCAGCUGGGGGAGAGAAUGCCAGGCUGUCCCUGCAGGUGAGACCACCAAGGGGAGAGAGAUGGGUCUUGCCCAUCCUGCCCUCAAGUGCAUCCCUGUCUUGGAGCUGCUGGCUGUUUCCAGGAACCCGCCACGCCCUCCCCCAUCUUUCUUGCUGUGUAUACCUCAAGACACAGUUCGAUUCUUCUACUCCUGGGAACCAGGCAUAGAUUCUGAGUACCCCCAAGCUAGGGAAAUGCCCUACAAAGAGCUGGUUUCCCAGGCUAUUUGGCCCAGUCAGCACUCUGCAUCUGUCAUUGGAGUGGGUUCCUAAGCACUCUGGCCACAUGGGGAUGGGUCUGACCCCCCAGCAGAUGCCAGGCUCUGGAGUAGGGGUGUGAACCUGGGCCUCAGGGAGAUCCUAAAAUAAGCUACAUGCCUGGACAGGCGGGGAGUCAGCUUACUGGGGAAGCCCAUGUGGGCCGAGGCUUUCCAAGCUCUUUGAGGCUCUUUACAUUCCUGUGAGUUGGGAGGGGGUGGCUUUGUAUGAGGCAAGGAAACCACGGGUGAUUGGCAUGGUCAGGGUUUUACAAGGACUGUAUAGUUCCAUGUGGCUAGAGGAUGUUUCCUGGGUCUCAAUUCUCCCCUGCAAGUAGACAUAGUGUCUUUCCCAGAGGGUAAACUCCAAAGUGGGGGAAAGUCAGCUUUGCUCAGGUGAGAAGCAGCUGCUGCCUCCCUGCAGAUGCCUGCCAGCCACAGCUGAGCUUCUAUUGGCCAUUGGAAUAGUGAAGUACCUUCUCCCAGUCCCGGACCUUUCUGGGACUCAUGGCUAGCCAAGGUACCGAUGUACACGUGGUCCUGGUUCUGCCUGGAUGGUAUCUCCCAUCCCUGUGGCAAAGGAGCCUCCAAGGACAGUCUUUGUCUUUAUUGAUUUAGUUUGCUCUUUAAAAAUACAAUCGGGCUGGAACUUUUGGGGAGAGCGCUGUUUCUCCUACACAGGCUUAUUUAUAGAGGAAGGUGGGCAGGACCCGUGUGUUGUAGCCUGCUCCGCUGGGUUAUGUUCUGCCCUGGCUCCCCACCCCACCCCGGGCUCCUGACCCAGAACUGCCUGCAGUGCCUCUGCCUGUCCCAGCAAGGGAAGCUGGGGCCUCCCCGGGGUAGGAAGCCCAGGAGUGGGCACCCGGCUGUCCUGUGUCCUCAAGGGACGUGAGCUGUGGAUGUUCAGACUCUAGGAGGAACCUGGGUAUUCGGAAGUGAGAGUCUCUGGGGAGGAUCCUUCAAACCUCUCCUUCCCCAGGACAGGCACCAAACCCUCAAGUCACCAACCAAGAAUGAAGGACGUGUCAAGGUCACGUAGGUGAAGAGGGGCUGGUUGGGCCCAGCCUAGCCCGGAAGCUCAACAUUUGUUGCAGCCCUGGCUAGACAAACCUAAGUCCUUCAGACAUUUUUAAAAAAUGGAUGCUUUGUGCUGUACAAGGGCACAGAGCUGCAGGGUGGCUGCCAGUACCUGGCUCACCCCUGGCAUGCGUGUCCCCAGUGGGAACUCACAGGGUGCUUGUCUGGGAGGGCCAGUCCUUUGUCCUUGCCCCGGAUCCUGUGCUUUGAGAGUGGUCCAUCUCUGCUGUUUCUGAGCCUCCAAGAGCUGGCUCUCAA